CGAUCACCAGGGCCAGCCUCCCGACUCACCCCGCAGAGUGACCGCAGGGUUAGCCGCCAGAGCUGCACACCGCCCCUGCUGGCUGGACCGGUGCCUGGGAGCGCUCUCUGCAGAGAUGACAGGAAAUUCGGAGCGCACAAGACUCCAUGCCAAGUCCAGGCAGGAGGGACACAUCUGGGGCUCCAUGAAGAGGACGGUGCUCAUCCUGGGCUCCGGGCUGCUGCUGUUUGUCGCCUUCUGGAACUCAGUCACAUGGCAUCUUCAGAGAUUUUGGGGUGCUUCCGGAUACUUUUGGCAGGCACAAUGGGAGAGGCUGCUGUCCGCAUUUGAAGGCACCGAGUGGUUCCUCUUCAUCAUGGGUGCUGCCCUCGUGCCUGGGCUGUGCUUCUGGGGCCUCAAUGCCUCUCUACUGGUGGUAGACACAACAGGAAAACCCGCCUUCAUCUCCCGAUACCGCAUCCAGCUUGGCAAGAAUGAACCGGUGGACCCCGUGAAGCUGUGCCAGUGUCUUCCCACAGUUCUCUUCAACCAGACCAUCAUCUCCAUACCCAUGCUGCUCCUCUCCUACCCCUUCUUCAAGUGGAGGGGAGAGCCCUGCGGCCGACAGCUUCCCACCUUCCACUGGUUCCUCGUGGAGCUGGCCGUCUUCACCCUUGUGGAGGAAGUCUUGUUCUACUACUCACACAGGCUGCUUCACCACCCAGCCCUGUACAAGAAGAUUCACAAGAAACAUCAUGAAUGGACUGCUCCCAUUGGCGUGAUCUCCACCUAUGCCCACCCUAUAGAGCACGUGGCCUCCAACAUGUUGCCGGUUAUGGCAGGUCCCUUAGUGAUGGGCUCUCAUUUAUCCUCCAUCACGGUGUGGCUGUCCUUGGCCCUCAUCAUCACUACCAUCUCCCACUGUGGUUACCACCUACCCUUCCUGCCUUCGCCAGAGUUCCAUGACUACCACCACCUCAAGUUCAACCAGUGCUAUGGAGUGCUGGGGGUGCUGGACCACCUGCACGGGACGGACACAAUGUUUAAGCAGACCAAGGCCUACGAAAGACACGUCCUCCUGCUGGGCUUCACCCCACUCUCUGAGAGCAUCCCUGACCCUCCAAAGAAGAUGGAUUGAGAGGGCACUCACGCCGUCCAGGCUACCCUUUUAAAAGGGGAUGUGGCCUGGUGCAGUGGCGCAUGCCUUUAAUCCCAGCACUUGGGAGGCAGACGCAGGUGAUCUCUGUGCAUUCAAGGUCUACAUAGUGAGUUCCAGGACAGCUGGGGCUACAGGGAGACCCUGUCUCAAAAAGACCAAAAUAAAUAAAUAAAUAAUAAAUAAAUAAAUGGGAAUGUGGCAACUGUCAUGGCCGUGUCUGGCCACACACUCUAAGGAUUGUAGCAUUAGGGUACAGGGAAAGCCAGUGUCUUGUCAGACCAAGGCCAGGGGAGAUCUGCCCCCCUCCACCCCCACCAACUGCCUUUAUCCUUUUGUGGGACCCAGAGUUGGCUUAAGACACAGGAAGAGCUAGGUGCCCAGGCUGAGGCCAGCCCUGUGAAUCCUGCCCCCCACCCCAUCCCCUCUACCCUACAGAGCUCUUGUGCAGGAUGGACAGUGAGAGCUGGCAGUGGGUCUGGAGGCUUCACAGCUCCGGGUGUAAUGGCUUUUUCCUGGCCUAAGCUAAGACACCCCAGCAAUCUCAGACCUCAGGCACCGACAUGCCAGAGGCGUCUCCCAUGUCCCACCUUCAUAUGAAGUCCAGUCCACUUAUCCCAUCCACAGACACAAGUCCUCCACAGACACACAGCUCAACAUGAGGCACACCCCAACCACGGUGCCUCAGUCUGUGUGCUGAGGAUUGCUCACCUGGGGGAGGACAAGUCACUGCCGGGAUUGGCAGCCCUACUUGGCCGUUCUGAACCCAAACCAGAGGCUUCUUCCUCAAACGAAGAGCCACAGAAGACACGACCAAAAAGCAAAGCAGCUACAACAGGCCGCAACAGUGAGAACAGGACGCAACAGCUCCAACAGGCUGCAACAGUGAGCUCUUCCCAGGAUCCUCAGCCUCUAAGUCAGAGCCAAAGCUGCCUGGACGGGAGCAAACCCCACCCUAGCCUCCCCUGGGCUCCCAGGAACCACCAGGAGACCACGCUUUGAUCUGGAAGGCUGCCAUUACCACGUGCUAAGUUGUACAGUUGUGCUGUCUUUGCAUUUUCAGUUCACGUUCAGGCAAGAAAAUUCCCGCUGUGACUUUUAUAAAACACCUACACACAGCUGGGUACAGUGGUGUGCACUACAACCCCAGCUGCCCAGGGGUCUGCAGCAGGAAGAUUACCUCAGCCCAUGUCAGAGCCAGCCUGGGCAACAUAGAAAGACCAUCUUAAAAACACAACAAAGCUUCAACAGUCGGCAUUGAGCUCUUUAGACACAACUGUGGGAAAGGAUUCCUGCCUAUGAACAGGCGCCAGAAGACCGGCCUAGCAAGCAACUGGGCACCUAGCAAGCAAGCAGGCAGCACUCUCCUGGCUUCCACAACCCCACCCUCAUCUGGCCCAGGUGGCCUGCAGCCAUUCCCCUCCUACAAAUGAGUGUCUGAGAAAAGCCCACCUUCAGUGUACGUAGGAGACAGGGACGAGGACAGAGCACCUCCCCCUGCGGGCUUUGCACACCAUGGUGCUGUUGGGGCCUCUGGACAGGACACCCUGCUCUAGCUUCUCUGGCAUCCCCCACAAUGGCUGUCAAGUUGAUGAGUAAGGCUGAGGGUCUGAACUUCCCCACAAACAGGAGAGAGGCAUGUAAAUAAAGUCUCCAUUCAACUCCAAUCCAUCCUGUCAUCCGGGAGCUAAGGCUGUUCAGCUGCAGAGCCAGUGGCCUUCACAAUCCUAGUAAUGGAUGAGGGUGAGCGAGGAGGACUGACUGACCUGGUGGUCUGCAGAAUGGAGGCCACUUGGAGCUGAGUGGCUGCCCACCUGAAGGCCAUCAGCUAGCGAGUGUCAGGUGGAAAACCGUUCAGACCACAGCUGCAGUUCUAUAACUGCCGCGGUGGAGGCUCAGAGGGCUGGGCCUGCUGUGAGAGGAGGGUCAAGCCUUCUUCUUGCAAAUGCCACACCCCAGCUGGGGAAUGGAAAGUGAGACCAUAGUGGGCAGGACCCCACAACCCCACCUGCUAGGGUGGUGCCAUUUGUGGUUCCCAAACACAGAAGGUGAAAGUAGGUUUGAGGUACCUACAAGCACCAGCAGUCAGAGGGAGCCCUGCCUUGGGCAGACUCUCUCAAGAGCCCAUAGCUGCCUCUUCUGAGCACCCCUGGGUGCAUGCUGAGUGUGAGCUCCUCCAUCUGGGCCCCUCUCACACCCAACAGUGGUGUCCCAGACGGGAGAGCAACCAGGGUUUUGUCUUUUCACAUUUUUAUUUUUAUACAUUUUUUUGUAUUAAAAAGAAAAGCAUAAUUACCACAAAUUACAAAGGACUAGGAGGCCUAGAGCACUGGGAACCACUUCAGCCUGGAACGCAGAUUCUCAAUAUUAAUGUUAUGACACAAGCUCAUUCAAGUAUCUUACAUUUCUUUGUCCUGUUGAAUGUGAUUUCCUAGCACAUGGAAAGAACAUGUACUACAAGCAGAAGGUGGACCCUUCUCUGCAAAGCUGAUGACUUUCCUCUCCAGUGAGAAACCAGCUGGGAGUUCUCUUCUGCCUCUGCCAUCACCGUGGCCGGAGGGGGGGGGGGCGGGGGAGACCCCCGGGGGGGGCCCUUUGAUACGACAGGUACUUUGGGGCUCCCAUCCAGGGGGGCCAGGUGAUCCAGACCACUCUACCCAAGCCUUUGGCAACCUUCCCUUUGCCUUACCCUUGUCAUUAUGCUCUCUGCCCCCCUCCCAACCUGCAGGCCUCCGGAACAACUUACUUUUAUAAAUCAGUCAUCAGAAGCGUGCGGGGGGGGGGGGGGCACCUACAAACAAAAACAUGUAACUCGGACUUGGGGCUCAGCACCUGUGAGCCUUGGGUCCAGGCUGGAAUGGGUCAGGCAGCCUCUUCUGGUAGCACAUUUGUGCCCAGGCUCAGAGGGUGGAAAGACGAUCCACCCCUCACCAGGACCCAGGUGCACGGACCAAGCCAGCACAGGCGGAGGAUGAAGGCGGUUCAGCAGGCUGUCACUGUCUCAGGUCUUCAAUCCCACGGGAAGAUGGUGGGUGGGGAAGUGGCUGCCCUGGUGGCCCCUGCCCCUCCUGGCAUACUUGUCACAGAUACAUCGGUCCUAAAUUCAAGUGUCUUCAGAAAGUGAAGAUGUAAACUACUCUUUGCAACAUUAACUCCUAACAUGUUACAAAAAAAAGGUGGGGGACCACCCUCCCCCAGCUCCUCAGCCUGUGUUGAGAUGAUACCCUUUCCUGCCCCAAAGGGGUUCCCUCCCAACCUCCCUCAAGGGGGUCUGAGAGGGUCAGAGAUGACGGCAGCCCUAGCCUGGAUAGUCUAGUCAGGAACCACCCUUCUCCCCACAUUGGGCCCGCAGGUUGUGAGGUUCUGUGGUGCUGGAUACAGUAUGGGGCUGAGUGAGCAAACGGGGAAGGAAGGGAAGGAGACCAGAGCCCAGGAAUCGGUGCACCACGGGGCAGCACCAGACUCAGGCAGGGGAAGGCCUCAGAUCCUGUCAGCAGACCCUGCUCCUGUAUGGUUUGAGACCACUGGGUCAGAGGAACAAACACUGGCUUCCCAUGUACUAAACACCAGGUCAGAAUGGGGCAG